AUGUCAUCAACAGCCAAAACUCAAAAACAACCAACAAAAGCAUUCAUUCUCGGUCGUUUUCGAAACACCUCUCAUGAUCUCCUCUCCACUGAAAAAUCACUCCUUUCCAUUCCAACUUGUUUUGGAAAGAUUGAAUUAUCAGGUCUUCGAUGCAUUUCCCUCUUUUCCAUGUUCGUCAACAUUGCCGCAUUUUGUGUCUUGUUAGCAAUUUUGGUUCAAGUUUAUUACUUGCAAUCCAAUCAUAAUUUUCUUAUUGUUGAAUAUACUGUGGAUGCUGCUCGAUUUAGGGAUAUCAUUACGAAUAGUGUCAAAACAGCAACUCUGUAUGCAGCGUGUUUGCCUGUGCUCAAUAUUUCGGUCAUGUCAAAAGGCAUCAAUACAACGACAGCUGUCAUGACAUCAUCAUUGGUGACGACUCAGCUCAAUAACUAUAACCGAUUCAUGGAUCGAUUUCCAGUGUUCUUGAAUCGAGUAAUUUCAAAUCUCACACAAGAAGAAAUUCAAUUGUUGCAACUCAAUGACACUUCCUUGUAUGUCAAUAGUUCUUCGAUUCAAUUGGAAGCUCAAGCUGCAUCUUUAUUGAAAAAAGGUCAAUCGUUGGAAGCUCUCAAACUCUUACUUACAGACGAAUACUUGAAUAUUUCAUCCACUGCGAACAAAUUGGAACCAAUUGUCAAAUAUGUCAACGACAAGGAACUUGCAACCAAUACUAAAUUAUCCUCGGGAGCAUUGGCCGGAUUAGUCAUUGUUUGUGUGUCCAUGGCUAUAGUCAUACCUGUGGUUGUAUUAACUCUGGUGUGUGCAUUGAAUCGAGACGCCUUAUAUCGAAAGAGAUUACAACGAGCCAAUGCAGUCAUGUUGAUCGAUACCAUGCAAGAUUCUCAAUUACGAGAAUUAUUUAGAAAACAUUGUGAAAAGGAACAUUCUUUAGAUAAUUACUUAUUUUUGGAGAGAAUUGGAGAGUACAAGAAUUUGUGUGCGAAAAGUUUUGAAAUCAAAUCUGUGUUGUUUGAUUACAGUUCAAGCGACAUGAAUGAUGAUUCCAUGUCUGUGACCACGGCAAUAACCAACAAUUCAGAUCUUUCUGAAAAUGGUAAAAAGAAGAAAAAGAGUCCUCAUCAGUACACAGAACAAGAUUUGAAAGAAGUUGAAAAGAAAAAGUUCGAACUCGCAACUCUGAUUUAUUCUGAAUUUUUAAGAAUUGAAGGAGCUCAUUCUGUGAAUAUUUCAAAAAAGAUGGCUGACACAGUCAAGUUGGAAUUGGAACGAAUUUCUACAACGACAAGUGGCAGCUCUACAGAAAAAGAAGUCACAUCUCCCAACACAACCUCAUCCUCCACCGAUCAAGAACGCCCCAGUGUUGGUAUCUUUGAUUGGGAAGAAAAAACUUUAUCUGAACGCCUUUUCGAUGAAUUGGAAAAUGAAAUUGCCAUUGUCAUGAUUGACACCCAUCAUCGAUUUAAAUUGAGUUUGGAAUUCCAAAAACAAAUGAAAAUUCAUAACAUCCAAACCAAGUUGAAACAACAACAAAAGGGAGCAUCGUCAUCGAAUCCAACAACAGCAAACGUAAUCAGCCCUCCUCCUUCCAAUUCUGUUCAACAACAAAACACUGUUGUGAAUUUUAACACAUCUACUACCACAGUAAAUGACUAA